GCUUUACGUAUUGUGUUUUUUUUUUCUGAAUAUGACUCAAUUUCUGAUCGUACCUACUCAAGGGCAUAAGGAUGAGUUCAACGGUGGAUGCUGCUGUAAGGAAAGGCUCUGUUGUCUUAACAAGGACGGAAAGUAUAACCGAAUACAUAAACAAGGGUGGACAACCUAGAUCUGGUACUCAAGGACAAUCCGACACUCCAGUGUCAGCUAAUGACAUGUGUGCCCUGGAUGAAUGGCCAUCCCAUGCUCGCCGCUAUCGUGCGCAACUACAGGAUGAAGCAGAUGGACAGAAGAAGAAGAACGGGCGAGGUGUUGUAAAAGGUGUUAAAGCAGCUCAGAAGCGUUUUGCCAGCGGAUCUGCGAAGCUAAAUAUUACAUUCUCUGAAACGUUGGGUGGUACGAUAGGAAUGAACUAUCGCUCAUUCAAGGAUGACGUGGUAGUGAUAAUGAAAAGGAAGGUACCACUAACCUUUCACACCUGUUCUAGCAAGGAAGUUGAUUAA